AUGGAGGGCAAGGCUGGACAUUUGGGAUUUCAGGCACUGUGUUGCGUUGGGAGUUUGGCUGACAAGUGGGUACGCCCCUUCCUCUCUUCAUCAAAAGUUAUGACAGUCAUUGCCAAUUCAACAUGUGAAAACUGUGUCAUCUUGGAAAUCACGGACUCCAGGUGUGUGAAUGCGUCAGCCCAGUUCAAUAGUCUAAUCUUACCUUCCUCUACUUCCUCUCCCGUAAUCAACUCUCCUUCCCCUAUCCUCUCCUGUUUCAAUGUUGACUCCCGUGGCUCUCCCUGCCUCUCCCUUGUUGUCUUCCUCGUAAUCUACUCUCCCUUUGGUACCUCCUCUGCCUUCUCUACCUCCCGUCUUUCCAUACUCAUUCUGCCUCCCCAGCCUCACAUUCCCCGCCUCCCCAGCCUCACAUUCCCCCAGCCUCCCCAGCCUCACAUUCCCCCAGCCUCCCCAGCCUCACAUUCCCAGCCUCCCCAGCCUCACAUUCCCCCGCCUCCCCAGCCUCACAUUCCCCCGCCUCCCCAGCCUCACAUUCCCAGCCUCCCCAGCCUCACAUUCCCCCGCCUCCCCAGCCUCACAUUCCCAGCCUCCCCAGCCUCACAUUCCCCAGCAGACACCAAAUAUCUCUCCACCGCCACGCCCUACUCAUCUCUGCCUACAUCAAAGCUUGUCUCGCCCCUCCAGCUCCUGACUCGGCACAGAAAAAGCCUGAAGGACACCACUGACGGCGACAAGACAAGACAAGCUGCCAGCGUGUAUCUCCAGGGCACUACGAAGGACAUGAAGCAAUGA